AGGGAUGGGGUGGGUUCUACCCUGGGACAAGAAGGCUCAAGGGAAAGGGAGAUGUGUAGGGUCCCCUCAGGGGAGAGCAGGGAGAAGAGAGGAGCUCCAAGCUGAGAGAAAGGAACUUGGCCACAGCGCUGACUUCUCCAUGCCAAGCUCUGGUUCAGUUCCUGCUCUGUGCCUAGACUGUGCUGGAGCACGGGCAAGUCACUUGGCUUCCGAUAGCUGCUCCUCAGACGGCACAAUGGACAACAGAAGCAUCCAGAUGUCCAUGGAGGGUAGGAUCAAGACUCCAGAGGCCCAGCCAAGCCCUGACCUGAGGACCACCACCCAGGAGACUGGUACUGACCCCACUAUCUCAGGAGUCAGCCAGGUGGGGUUUCCAGAUGCAGCAGAGGUGGGCCAUGGGGAGCAGCCCUCAACCAACUCAGGAGAACCAGAGAUGGAGGCUGCGCAUGGAGAUGCAACAGAGCAGAGGUCUCCGGAGCUGAGGACCCAGGAGCAGAGGUCUCCAGAGCAGACGAAGAAGCAGUCAUCUUGGGCACCCCAAAAGGAGCCUGGGGAGCAGCAAGCAGACCAGCAUCAGGUUGAGCCAGCCAGUGAGCUGAGGGUGCUGUCUCCCCAGGUCCCUGCAGCAUAUGAAGGGCUGCAGCAGCAGGACUCAGGGGAGACCAAGGACCACCAGGGAAGACAACAGGACCGAGAGGUGGUGGAGGGCCAGGCCCCCAAGAGCUGCCAGCAGGACCAAGAGUGUGAGCCCACCCCAGAUCACCAGGCAACAGAUGAGGCAGACAUUUUGCAACCAGCAGAGCCUUGUUGCACCUUGGACAGCUGUGGACAGCAACUGGAAGACAAGCCCCCCAAGGAGGUGGGCACCCCACACAUCAGGCCACAGGAGGCUCUGCUAGCGCCUCAGCCAGGGGAGCUUGAGAACAGUUUCCAGGAAGCAACACCCCUAACGCCCAAGGCAACACUGAAGGAAAAGACAGUCAACCCCCUCCUGCCAUCCAUACCAGGACCUAAAUCACCCCAAGAAAGGGGCACAGCUGUGGAGACCCAGGCAGCACCGGGGUCUGUUCCUCCAACAGGGGUGAGGGACAUUGGAGAGAGGAGGGACCCGGACCAAGCACAGAAACAGCCUCAGAAGCCCGCCCUGGCCGCAGGGGCCCAGAACCUGGGGAGUCACCGGCAGGGCUUCAUGAAGUGCUUGCUGGCGGUGGAGGAGGAGGAGGCCACGCUUCGGAGGGCCCCCAAGACCCGAGGCCUGCCAAACAGGAAGUCCCCCAGAUCGCUGACACCCGUGCCCAGCUCAGCCCCCGGGGGCAGCUCAGCGCCAAGCCUGCCUCCGGCCCUGCCUCAGGCCCCUCCCUCGGCCCCUGCCACGGCCCCGUCCUGGAUCCGGCCGAUGACCUCUGGGCCGGCUCCUGUCCCCGUGGGAGCCUCAGUCCCGGCCUCAAUGCCCGUCCCCGGCCUGCCGGGCCCUGCCCCGGACCUGGGCUGGAGGAGGACAGAGCUCUUGCACCCGGCCUGCGAGAGGACCCUGAGCUACAGCAAGACACGGCCCCAGCCGGAGGAGCGCAGCCUGCUGCAGUUGUUUCAGAACUGGGAGAACAGGACGGAGGAGCACCUCACCCUGAAGCAAGAGGAAGCCUUCCGCAGCUAUUUUGAGCUCUUCAGUGGCCAUGGCCAUGUGGACGCGCAGAGCCUGGAGAAGAUCCUGCUGCUCGUGGGCAUCUCCCUGACACGGGGCCAGGUGGAGGCUGCCCUGAUAAGUGCUGAUGUUGAUGGAGAUGGUCGUGUGACCUUCAAAGACUUCCUGGCUGUGAUGACAGACACCAAGCGCUUCUUCUGUUCUGUGGAACAGAACGCCCUGAUGGACAUGGCUCCCUCCAACCCCCACACUCUGCUCUUUGAGAUCCUGUCCCUGCUGGUGGAGAUGCUGGCCUUCCCCGAGGCAGCCUUGGAGGAGAUCACCAACUAUUACCAGAAGAAGCUGAAAGAAGGCACUUAUAAGGCCCGAGAGAUGGAAGCAGCCAUAUGCCAACUGCGGUCCCGGAAGAAGCAUCCCUACACCCCCCAGCAGGCAGACAACUUUGAAGUCCCAGAACGAAGGGUCCUCAGGAUCUUGAGUCGGCUGAAGCAACAGAACUAUGCUGCCAACCUGCAGAGCCCCUAUGCCCAGGUGCCCUGCAUCCCGCUGUGCCCACGGCUGGAAAAGAAGACGGUCCGCCGGAAGCAUGGCAGCCACUACGUUCUGGAUCAGUUCACCCCGGUCUGCCUGGAGCCUGACAUUCGGAGCUUCCUCUUUCAGUCAGGAUCUCAAGGAAGCAGGGAACACAGCUCUGACAGCCGCAAGUGGCUCAGCUCUGUGCUGGCUCGUACACACUGAGCCUGCUGCAGAUCCUGCCCCUGGGCAGCGGUUCGGGCCUGCAGAUGGGUCAUCGGGCAGGGGCUACGGCUGGAUUUUGCUUUCGUGGCCUGGUAAGCCAAUAAACACCAAGA